AUGAGUCAUACCCUGUUUGUGAUCUCUGCGUUGGUGGUGCUGGUGGGAGCUGUUCAGAUCAAUGCAGAUGAGCUACCCCAGUACGUCACACAAAAGAGCUUUAACGACGCACAGGCCGAGUGCGCCCUGUAUCUAGGAGUCGCUCAAGAUGACCUUCAGCGCUACGUCAAGAAUGGAUACCCAGACGAAGAACAGGUCCGUUGUCUGCUGCGCUGUGUGGCCUUCAACCUGCGCUUCUGGAACCGGACAACUGGACUACAGAAGCAUCUCGUAUCGGGGUACUUUGUGCCUUACCCCAACGACUUUCACAACGUUGAGCGCACGGAGGCGUGCCUGGCCAAAAAUCUGUACACCUGCGACGAUGACCUCUGCACGCAGGUGUACAAGGCGUUCCAGUGUUACUACCAGCAUUACGGUGCACUUAGCGAGUGCCCACAGUUCGUCGUGAACUCCUACCGAGAGGAUGUGCAGGCAGCGUACGACGUUUUCGGAAUGCUGUACGUUUCACGCAACGGUCUCCAGCACCUGGCCGGUGGAUGCUUCCCCAAGGACGAAGAGGCGAUGUGCUUCUUCAGAACGUUCAACCUACGCGAAGGACUGUACGACGAUGACAAGGGCUGGAACUUGGAGCGUCUGCACUACCAAUACAACGAGGACGUGUUCCACCCGAACAAUGGUCUUACCGUCGCGUGUCUGUCCAACCAGCAGAAGCUUGCCUGCAAAAAGACCAAGUGCCAGCAGGCCUUCGACUCAUUCAAGGCGUGUUUCGGUGAGUCGCGAGCGUACAACUACCAGGUCAACCAGGUGUUUGUGGAUGCUGCCAAGAACGUUCUCGGACAGCCUGUGUGCUACUGCAACAAGGCAGUAAAGUGUGGAAACCAUUAG